AUGCUUGGCCCAAUGUUUGACUCGGAGAAGAUUACUAUCGCUAUUGACCGCGGUGGUACUUUCACUGAUAUCUGGGCUAGCAUAGGGCGACCAGAGGGUGAUUCCACGGAAGCUCCCAGUCGCCCAGACAUAAUCUUGAAGCUUCUUUCUGUCGACCCUUCCCACUAUCAGGAUGCACCAACCGAAGGUAUCCGUCAAGUCCUUGAACUUGCCACUGGAGAAUCAUUCCCUCGAGGCCAGCCAUUAAAGCUUGAUCGCAUCGAGUGUCUACGAAUGGGCACAACAGUUGCAACCAACGCCUUACUCGAGCGCAAAGGCGCUCGCUCGGUACUUUUCACGACGAAAGGCUUCCGAGAUCUGCUAAAGAUCGGCGAUCAAUCUCGACCAGCCAUUUUUGAUCUGUCGAUGGCUCGUCCAGGGGUGUUGCCAGAGAGCGUGGUCGAAGUCAACGAACGUGUACUCCCUUGUCAUCCGUCUGCCGAUGAUGAAUGUUUCUCCAAUUGUCGCGUUGUCGAGGGCAUCACUGGCGAGAAAUUCCGGGUUGUGCAAGAGCUGGACCUCGUUCAAGUUAAGAUCGAGCUUCAGCGAUUAAAGGAGCAAGGCUACCAGUCACUCUCUGUGGCAUUAUUACAUUCUUUCGCGUAUCCCGAACAUGAGCGUCAAAUCGGCGAUAUGGCUCAGCAGAUGGGAUUCUCCGUUACGCUGUCUUCAAAACUUCAACCUAUGAUCAAGAUUGUGCCUCGCGGUAUGUCAGCCGCGGCCGAUGCCUACCUCACCCCUGUUAUCAAGACCUACAUCGACUCCAUCUCUGCUAGCUUUGAAGGUGGUUUGGAGAGUCAGAACGACUGCCGAUUUGAGUUUAUGCAAUCGGACGGCGGACUGGUCGAUUUCCGCAAAUUCAGCGGACUGAAAGCAAUUCUUUCUGGACCUGCAGCUGGAGUCGUUGGCUUUGCAGCCACCAGCUGGGAUCCUAUUGAACAGACUCCAGUUAUUGGCUUUGAUAUGGGAGGUACAUCGACUGAUGUAUCUCGCUUUGAUGGCCACUUGGAGCAUGUUUUCGGCUCCAAAGUCGCAGGUGUUUUGAUUCAGUCACCUCAGCUUGAUAUCAACACUGUCGCUGCAGGCGGUGGAUCUAUUCUCAACUGGCGCAACGGUUUAUUCUAUGUCGGACCUGAAUCUGCCAGUGCUCACCCUGGCCCAGCUUGCUACCGCAAAGGAGGACCCUUGACCGUUACCGAUGCCAACUUGUUCUUAGGGCGUUUACUGCCCGAGUAUUUCCCACACAUCUUUGGUCCCGACGAGGAUCAGCCUCUGGACACGGAGACUACGGCCCAACUUUUCAAUGAUUUGACACAAAAGAUCAAUGUCGAGCGCCGAGAACAGGGUCAACAAGAAUAUACCCCCGAGGACGUCGCUCUUGGUUUCUUGAAGGUUGCGGAUGAGUCCAUGGCCCGGCCGAUCCGCAAUCUCACAGAGGCGCGAGGCUUCGAGACUGCAUCUCACCAUUUGGCAUGCUUUGGAGGUGCUGGAGGUCAGCACGCAUGCUCGGUGGCUGACUCGCUCGGCAUAUCACGGAUCAUUAUUCACAAAUAUUCCUCAGUAUUGUCGGCAUACGGUCUCGCGUUAGCAGAGGUUGUCAAGGAGGCGCAGGAACCAGUAUCAUCCACGUAUGCAUCCUCCCAUUCAGCCUUACUUCAGCGCUUUGAUGAGAUGGCAACAGCAGGAACGAAAGAGAUGGAGAGUCAAGGCUUUACGGCCGCUCAAGUGCGCCACGAGAAGUAUCUCAACAUGCGAUACGAAGGCUCUGACACGAGUCUCAUGAUCCUGAAACCGGAUAAUUCAUCAAACUUCUUGGAAGAAUUCCGUGUGCGCCACCGUCGUGAAUUUAAUUUCAACUCCGAGCGACCAGUCCUCGUCGAUGACAUUCGCGUGCGCAGCAUUGCUUCUUCCAAGGUAAGAUCGGAGCAAAGUCCUUUGGUUCAAUUGAAGAAUGCAGACAUGCGAGACAUCAUCACGGCCCCGGCAAACACCAGCUCAGCUUAUUUCGAUGGCAAUUCAAGUCGCAUUAAUACACCGGUGUAUCUGUUGGGCGAGCUUGAGAAGAAUUCUCGUAUCUCAGGCCCAGCGGUAAUCAUUGACCAGACUCAGACAAUUGUCGUCGCUCCUAACGCAGUGGCAAAUUUGCUCGAUACCUGUAUCGUUAUUGAUCUCAAGGACAAGCCAACUGCCUCUACCGCUGGAAAAUCACUUUCGGCAGAAAUUGACCCUAUCAGACUUAGUAUUUUUGGUCAUCGAUUCAUGUCUAUUGCCGAGCAGAUGGGUCGGACUUUGCAGAAGACCUCUGUUUCAACCAAUAUCAAGGAACGGUUGGAUUUCUCUUGCGCUCUGUUCUCACCUGAUGGAGGAUUGGUUGCCAAUGCGCCACAUGUUCCGGUUCAUCUGGGAUCUAUGCAAUUUGCCGUGCGAUAUCAGCACCAGAAGUGGCUGGGUAAUUUGAAGGAUGGUGAUGUGUUGGUGGCCAACCACCCUAGCUGUGGAGGAACCCACCUCCCGGAUAUCACAGUUAUUACGCCUGUCUUUGAUCGGCCUGGAGGCAGCGAGAUUAUGUUCUACGUGGCGUCUCGUGGUCACCAUGCUGAUAUUGGUGGUAUCUUACCUGGUUCUAUGCCUCCUAAAUCCACAGAGCUUUGGCAAGAAGGCGCUGCAAUCGAAGGAGAUAAGAUUGUCAGUGACGGAGUUCUGGACGAGGCGCGUUUGGUGGAACUUCUGGUCACAAAGCCUUCCCAAUACCCUGGCUGCUCUGGAGCACGGUGCAUCAGCGAUAACAUGUCUGAUCUUAAGGCUCAGAUUGCUGCCAACACUCGUGGAAUCAGCUUGAUCCAGACUCUCUUCAACGAAUAUGGAACCCAGACGGUGCAAAAGUACAUGUAUGCCAUUCAAGCCACAGCCGAGACUGCUGUCCGCAACCUUCUUAAAGAGCUGUAUCAUAAGUUCGGAGGCCAGCCUUUGGUAUCGGUCGACUACAUGGACGACGGUACUCCUAUCUGCUUGAAGAUUACCAUCGACGGCACCGAUGGAUCUGCUGUCUUUGAUUUCGAAGGCACUGGCUCCGAGGUAUACGGCAGCUGGAAUGCGCCCAUUGCCAUCACCCACUCGGCUAUUAUCUACUGCCUACGCUGCAUGAUCAAUGCAGAUGUUCCGCUGAACCAAGGAUGUCUUGCUCCAAUUGACAUCCGUGUUCCGUCGCCGAGCAUCCUGUCGCCAACCAAGACUGCUGCCGUGGUGGGCGGUAAUGUCGUUACUUCACAGCGCAUUACUGACGUUGUUUUCAAGGCCUUCCAGGCAUGUGCUGCCUCCCAAGGCUGUUGCAAUAACCUCACUUUUGGUACCGAUCCCAAGGUUGAUUCAUCUACUGGUGCCGUGAUUACUCCUGGAUUUGGAUACUACGAGACAAUCGCUGGUGGAAGUGGUGCAGGUCCAACCUGGAAGGGCGAGUCUGGUGUGCAGGUGCAUAUGACCAAUACAAGGAUUACCGAUCCCGAAAUCUUGGAGAAGCGUUACCCGACCAUGCUCCGCCAAUUCACCCUUCGCGAUGGAUCUGGUGGACAAGGCAAGAACCCUGGUGGCGAGGGAGUGAUCCGGGAGAUUGAAUUUCUGUCGCCAAUGAAGUGCUCUAUCCUGUCAGAGCGACGCGUGCAUCGUCCAUACGGUUUGGAAGGUGGUCAGGAUGCGCAGCCGGGUUUGAACCUGUGGAUCACCCGCGACGAAGAAACCGGUGGAGAGCGUCGCAUCAACAUUGGAGGCAAAAAUACUGUCUCUAUGAAGACCCACGACCGAAUUGUCAUCAAGACUGCCGGUGGUGGUGGUUGGGGUUCUCUUCAGUGA